AGCAAGGAGUGGGGACAGAAAUUCCUGUUAUCCUAAAACACUUAAUGAUGACAAAAAAUUAAAUAAAUUUUAAGAAAUUAAAUAUUAUAAAAAAUGUCAUUCACAUCAAGACUUGUUUUAUUUGGUAGCUGUGCAUUGACUGUCGGUAUAAUUGGCUAUGUUCAUUAUAAACAACACGAGGAUAGAGAACAACUUCAUCUCGGUGUAGUUCGAGACAUCGAACGCCAGGAACGUCGAAAGGCGGAAAAUGUUUAUUUAUUAGAACAACAGAGAGAACUUACUAAAAAACUCAAACGUGACGAAAUUUUGGAGCAAGUAAAUACUGGAUAAUUGUAUUGUUUAUGUGUAAAUAAUUUCAAAAUAAUGUUUGUUAACACUAAUUAAUUAAAAUGGUAAUUGUUCCAGUGUUUUGAAGAGAAAUAAAUCUAUUAUUGUCAAGAGGUUU